UUUCUCUCAAUGUCGGCAAGCACUGAUACGAUACCCGUCAAAAAAGAAACUAUUAGUUAUAAACCAAAUUCAAACCAUUCUUCACCUACAUGUAGAGUACAGGCAACUCGUUUUAUAUAUAAAGACUCCGAAUUUGAAUAUUCUAUUCAUUCACCAGGAACUCGUUUUGGAAGAGAAUUAGCUGUGGUUUUUCCUAGUUUGACCAACAAACAACUGAAAGAAAUCUUGGUGGUUCCAGUGAUUCAACGUUGUGAACAUGAUAUGGUUGGUAUUACUCAAACGGUUAAUCAUGAACGGAAUGAAAAAUUAGAAAUAUUUGUCAGUUGGGGAAAAAGUGUAGUAGAUAGACUUCGAAGGAUAGGCAUAUGGGCUGAUAUUAUGGAUCCUGCAUCUGGAUUUCCGAUUUAUAGUGAAGCUGGACCUACACCUUAUCCUGACGUUCAGGGAACACAAACACUGACAAAAUAUGAUAUUCAAAAUGUUGGUUGUUGUCAUAUUUUGUUACACCCCACUUGGAAUAGUAGUAUAUAUCCAUCUACUUUAUUUACCACUGCUCCAUAUGAUCUUCUUGUCAAGGUGAUUAAUGAAAUUGUAAUAUAAUUUAUAUAGAAUAGUUUAAUAUUUGUUAAUAAAGAGAAUCAUCACUUUUUUUUUUUUU